ACACACACACCCCAGAGAGGGGGUCGGUCGGUGGGUGAAUGAAGGGGAGGGAGAGAGAACAGACGAAUGAAUGAUGGGAGGGAGGAGGGAUGAGCAUCACAGAGCUCCGUCAAAGCAACAGAUAGCAGAGCGAGAGACGGACUCCUCUGUCUCCGGACGCCGCGCUGCUCUCAUCUCUCCUCCCACCUCAAAGAGGGAUCCCCCAACUUUGGGGCUUUUCCCUCCCCCUCUUCAUUCCGCCUCCUCCCCCUCUCUGCGCUGCGCAUAUUUUGAUUCGGAUCGGACGCACGACUUUGGGCUCAGAACACAGAGCCGCGGCUUGAGGAACCGUGCGCGCUGCGGAGAUGCGGGAACUGCGCCACCCGCGGCCCGGCUCCUCCCGCGACCGUCUGCACCACGGGGGACACGCAUUUUCGUGGGGGUGCGUGAGGGCGACAGGGCUGUUGCGCGUGCGGCGCGCAGAUGGAGCUGUGCGCUCCGUGUGUGUGAGAGGUGCAGAGCGAUGGAGCUGCGGUGGAGUUCGGGAAUAACUCCUUGAGGGAAUUAAGGUUCUGUAGGUGCGUGACCCCCCCCCUCCCCCCAGGUGUGAGGAUGGGUCCUGCUUGGCUUCUGCUGCUGCUCCCCCCCCUCCUCAGGGCGCAGGGCACAGACCCCGCGCCUGGACCUCAGCUGUUGGCUGACAACAGCACGGACCUUUUAACAAACAGCACAGGGACGUCAGACGUCUUCUCCAGCGCCCCCCCCUCCAUCAGACCACCAGAACCUUCUGGGUUUGCAGGGACAGCGUCUGCAGCUCCCACAGAGAAGGACGACUGGUCACCGGCAGAGAGCUUCCUGUGGAGCGCAGACGCGUUGGCUCUGGCAGCGGGGCGCUGCUCGCGGCCGUACAGUCUGCCGGGCCGGGCCGGGCCCCUUCCCCUCAGCUUUGGGCCGGCCCUGCGGCCCGCUAUGGACGCGCUGGCCAGCACCGCCAACUUCCUCAACAUGAUCUUCCAGGCCAGCGACCUGCGGGAGAGCACGGUCCAGGAGGACAUGGAGUGGUACCACGCUGUGGUGCGGGCCCUCCUGGAGGCCGAUGCGCUGAUCCAGCGGGCCCUGCUCACCUUUGACGCUGACCCCACUGCCCAGGCACCGCAGCUGGUUCUUCACGCAAGCCGGAACCCAGCAGCCAAGGUGCAGAGCAUUGUUCUGCAGGACUUAUCCAAGGGCUGGGAGAACCUGCACCCGCCCGGCCCGGCUCCGGACGACAGCUGGUUCCGACGACUGAAGUUUCCAGAGUCCGACCAGCAGCCGAUGGCAGCCCUGUCCAAGCGCGUGCUCCUCAAUGACCUCAGCACCCUGGACACACCCAAGUGGGCCCAGGGCGACAGCUACGUGAGCAACCGCAGCGCAGUGCGCUGGGCCGGCGCCCCCUACCUGGACUGUAGGGACCGACGCUUCGUACCCAGCUGGACGCUCACGCUGUCCACGGCCUUCUACGGCCUGAAGCCCGACCUGACGCCAGAGUUCAGAGGCGUGAUCCGCGUGGACGUCAACGUUCAGGACAUGGACUUGGACCAGUGUGCAGCAGGAGACGCCUGGUUUGCUGACACGCACCAGUGCAACCGCACCAGCAUGGAGUGUGUGCCGGUUCCGGGUCGGGGCUUUCGGCUGGGUCAGUACUGCUGCCGCUGCAGAGACGGCUUCUACAACCCUGAGCCGGACGCUUCAGAUGGCGGCUUCGUGAACCGGAGCGGCGGCGGUGUGUGUUACCCGAACAUGCCCAUCUGUCUGCCGUGCUGGCCGGGCUGCGAGAGCUGCAAGGACGGCGCCCCCUGCUGGGUCCAGGAGGACUGGCUCCUCAGGGCCGCCGUGCUGGCCGUCCAGGGGGUCUUCAUGCUCCUCGUCUUCGUCAGCAUGAUGGUGGCCUACCGGCACCGCCGCAGCCGGAGGAUCCGGGCCUCGGGCCUCCUGCUGCUGGAGGCCAUCCUGUUCGGAUCUCUGCUCCUCUACUUCCCGGUCUUCAUUUUGUACUUCAAGCCGAGUACUUUCAGGUGUAUUCUGCUCCGCUGGGUCCGAAUGCUCGGCUUCUCCAUCGUCUACGGCACAGUCACCCUGAAGAUGUACAGGGUGCUGAAGGUCUUCCUCUCACGCACGGCGCAGAGGAUGCCCUACAUGUCCAGCCUCCACCUGCUGAGGAUUCUGGCAGUGAUGCUGAUGACGGUCAGCUGGUUCCUGUGCGCCUGGACAGUGGGCGUCCUGCAAAACCGAGACAGGAACAUCCCAGUCUUUAUGACAACCACCACAUCAGACGGACAAGAAUUCAACCUGUGCUACCUGGACCGAUGGGACUACAUGAUGGCCGUGGCUGAGCUUCUGUUUCUGUGCUGGGGAAGCUCGCUGUGGACGGCUGUCAGACCGGUCCCCUCAGCUUUCCACGAACCUCGAUAUAUGGGCAUCGCCAUUCACAACGAACUGCUUCUCUCCUCAAUGUUCCACCUGUUCCGGUUCACCUUUCCCUCGCUGCAUCCUGAUUGGAUGUUGCUGCUGUCCUUCAUGCACACUCACGUGACCAUCACGGUGACGCUCGCCCUGCUUUUCAUUCCCAAGUUCCUGUACGUGUCUAAGCCUGGCAGAGAAGAGAUAGCAGCCGAGGUGUAUGAAGAUGAGGUGGACCUGCGACGCUCUGGCUCGUACCUCAACAGCAGCUUUCACUCUGCUUGGAGUGAGCACAGCGUGGACCCUGAUGACUUCCGGGAUGAACUAAAGAAGUUAUAUUCCCAGUUAGAAGUCCACAAGACAAAGAAGAUGACCACAAACAACCCUCAUCUGACAAAGAAGCGAAGUUCUAGGUGUGCAUUGGGACGGUCGAUUAUUAAACGAAUUGCAGAGAUCCCAGAAUCCAUGAGCCGACAGUGUAGCCGCGAGGACAAAGACGGAUCCUUCCGCAGCAGAAGAAGUGUUCAGUCCGACUCUUUUAGGGGAGCCCCAGACACUGUUAGCAUCAAUUACAGAAGUUCUGUGAAAUCCCCUACACCAUCCAUGCGCAAGUCACAAAGUGAUCAUCACUCCGUGUUAAAGGCCAAAUCUGUGAAAAGAUCGUCUCAGCGAUUUGAGACGGACUCCUUGGACAUUCCACCAGGAGUCUGUAAGUCAGUCAGUGCACAGAAUCUGACAAUCGAUACUAACCUCCUGCAUCCUGACCACAACCGGAUUCACAAGACUUGGAGUUUAACUUCCACUUCCACCCAUUCUAUAGAAAACAUAAACAGGGCUAACAGAAGCAGCACAAUGCUGACAAGGUCCAGGCAAAGCAUUUCCAUCGGUGAUCAGACCAGGAGUGCCCUACAGUCAGAGUCAUAUGACAAGGCUGAGGUCUGUCCAUGGGAGGUUGAGCAAGAACCAUUAGGUGACAGGAACCUGAAACACGUCACAUAUGCAAACUCAGAGGAUAAUGUGGAAAAGGGGCCACAAUCUCCCGUCGCACUGGUUUGCCCCUGGGACCAUUUACCACCUCCAGACACGACUUGUUCCAUAGACAAAGAACAAGGUGAAACAGAGUCCACCAAACCCAAGGCUGUGGUCUCUGCAAGUGCACCAGGUUCUCCAAGACCCAGGGUCACAAAAGAUCAGCGUGUGUUCUCCUUCCGCAGCACCACCAACAAGUGGCUCUCUGUGAAAUCCAUUAUAGGAUCUCUGGACGCAGGAAGUAGAUCCAGCAAAGAGGGAAAUUUAAAUAAAGAGGAUGUCGCUUCACAAAAAAGUCAAGAAAGUGCUUCAACAACUCCAAGAUCGGGACCAUCGAGUAGACGGCCGAGCAUGGAAAAGAGGCCACUUCAGAAGAGAAGUCUGACAACGGCUGAUGGAAAACCAUGUCUAGUGAAACAGAAUGCAAUCAGACUAUCCUCUGGGGAUUCCUCAGACAGAAGCCCCAGAAGACUUGUUCUUGUAAAAUCUACUGUCUACCCAUGGGACAUGGACGACGUGCAAAGAGAUGGCACCUAUGAAAAUGUGUUUUUAUCAAGGCACAACAGCAAACGUAGCAGUAUAAGCUCCUGGGAAACUGCCAGCAGCUGUAGAACUCCUUCCACUCACCGAAGAGGUAGUAAUCGAAUUACACCAGUUUGUAACUUUACUAAAGCAGACGUGUGUCCUUGGGAUGGAGAUGGUCCUUUACAACAAGGAGAGGCACCAAAGAGGCAGCAGAGCAUUAAGGCUGAUGUCUGCCCAUGGGAAUUCCAAGUGUCUGAGCGGUCAAAUGUGUGUCCAUGUGAUGGUCAAGAGCAGGGGAUUGUAAAAAGACAAGAAAGUAAGCACGAAGAAGUGUGUCCUUGGGAAUCACAGGAUGUUCCUGCUGCGUCCCACACUACCUUAUCCAGAGAUGGACAGACACAUCAGUCUUUGAAACGUGCAGCAGAGGUGUGUCCCUGGGAGACUGUACAAACCUCCCAAAUGAUAGAUAAUGAAUAUGCCAACGUUUGUCCUUGGGAUGUUCAGGACAACAAUGAGGUUGUAUAUGAAAACCUAAACCCUUUGGAAACAAAAGGAACGCUAACAGUGCCCCUGCGUCAAGAAGUUAUGAAACCUGCUGUUUAUCCAGGGGCUUCAAAAGAACUUUUAAGUAGUGAGCAACAAGACCUUGCCAAGUCACUAGUUUCAAACUGGGGUAAACAUGUAACAAAGACAGCUGUAAGUUGUCCGUGGGAUUACCCAGAUCCCCCUAAAAUUAUGGAAUCUAUUUGUCCAUGGGAAGAGGGAAGCACAGAACCAACUUAUACAGACUCAGCUUCUGAAAUGUCCAUCAAGGUAGAUAUCUGGGAAUCUGGGAAUCUGAACAAACCAGAACUCUAUCGAACUGAAACUGUCCCAACUCUCAAAGAACCUAACAGGAAGGACACAAGAGUUGAUGUAUGUCCCUGGGAAAUUGAAACCUCUGACAAAACUCAAGCUAUCAAGACAAUGCCACACGGACUGGAAAAAAAAGCAGAUGUCUGCCCAUGGGAAACUAUGGAACCUGAAUCAGGUAAGACAGACAGCCCCUACACAUCAGAGAGCCAUGUGAAGCAAGACACAGCUCAGGCCAAAAUCUGUCUGUGGGAGACUGAAGAAGGGACAGCAGCUGCAAAGACUGAACGACCACAAUCAGAGAAGCUGCAAAGACAGAAAAUCUCCCAAGAAGAAAUUUGUCUGAGGGAAACAGAAACCCCCAAAUGUCUGAAAAAGCAAGACAGCACACGAGCAGAUAUUUGUCCAUGGGAGACUGAAGAACCGAAGGUUCUAAAGAAACAGGAUAGUGUGAGAUCGGAAGUUUGUCCAUGGGAGACAGAAAACCCAAGAGUUCUAAAGAAACACGAGAAGGAGCAAGAACCAAAUCUUCUUGCAAAGCGAGAUAGUAACCGUUCUGAUGUUUGUCCAUGGGAGACACAAGAACCAAGAGCUCUAAAGAAAAAGGACAAGGAUCAAGAACCAAAUCUUCUUGCAAAGCGAGAUAGUAACCGGUCUGAGGUUUGCCCAUGGGAGACACAAGAACCAAAUCUUCUUGCAAAGCGAGAUAGUAACCGGUCUGAGGUUUGCCCAUGGGAGACAGAGGAAUCAAAUCUUCUAAAAAAACAAGAAAACAAUCGCGCCAAGAUUUGUCCAUGGGAGGCAGAAGAACCAGAGGACAUCAAAAAUCAAGACUGUGCUGAAGAUGAAGAUGUUCCAGAAAACCAGGUAGAAGUUAGUGAAACAGAUGUGGGCACAGAGCAAGUAGAUGUGUUCACUACCAACCUGGCCCUGGGCCGGCGUGAUGCUUUGUGUCCCUGGGACAUGACAGGGAGCAGCGGGUCGUACACAUACACCGCCUCUGAAAUGUUUACAUGGGAGCCAGAGAACAUUCCAGAGGAAGAUGAAGAUGCUGAUGCAGAGAGUGCUGCCGAAGCGCUCGUCUUCCCACCUGACUUGUGACCUGAAUCUAACCAGCCUACAAAAUGUAGGCGAUACAGUAGAACCAUGUUGGUGGAACCAUAACUACAGUGAUGGGAGGAGGGAGUACCGGGUGAGGAACAGCUGGGUAACCGCUGUUAAACCAAGAAGACUGCAGCAAAUACGAGAGCUGGGCACUGGAAGAGAGAAAAGGUUUGAGGUUGCAGCUACAAACAAAGUCCCCGCUUCUUGCUUCUACCCCCUCUUUGCGUGUAGGUGACAAUUCAUAUUUGCCGUGUCAAGUGCGUGGCUGAGUGAAUCCAGUUUAAAUAAUAGAUGCAUACAGCAAAGAGUCUCACAUAUGGACAUUAACCUGAACCAAGAACAGAUGUAAUGUAACGAUAGAGACAUUUUAAGUCUGAAUAAGAUAUCAAACACUAAAAACUAAUGUUUUGAAAUCUACUUACACACGUUCAGGAUUUAAGACUGAUUUCAAGACUAAAUCUGAUUUAAGAUUUCUUACAAUAGUAAAAUUAAAUACCCUGGAGGUAAAAGAAAGCAGCAUAAACCAUCAUAAACUCAACUCCUCUAUGCAGUGGAAAAUAUUAGAUUUGAAUUGGAAAGCUAGGAAGGUCAGUGUUUAGGUUGGUGCAGAUUUUAGGAGCUUUGUUCAGAAACAGGCUGUGAAGACAGGACAUUUUAAAAGGCUUGGUAAUUGUAGCAGCCGCAGCCCAUAAGAGGAUGAAGAGAAUGUGCUCAGGUAAGAAGAAAUUCAAGUUUUGUCAGUGAAUUUAAACUGUUACAGAGUAAUGAACGGAGCAGCAGGGCCGCUGCAUCUACAGACACAUUAAUGGAGGCUGCAGGAAUCUGAACAGAUGUAAGGACGGUGAAAACAGUAGCAUAUGCAGAUUAUUGCAAUCCAACAUCAUAUUGCUACACUCUCCAUGGAUUUAUAGCAUUUUUAUUUCCGUUUUAUUUUCUGAGUGUUUCUUAAUUGGUGCCACAGUGAAACUCUAAACAUCUAAACAUGAAUAUGCAGCGACAAAUUGGAAAAUAAACUUUUAAAUGACCUUACUGUAUUAUUCAGAGACAUCAGCUUCACUAUUUAUAGAUUGCCCCUAUAUUUCUGAACUAAUGUAACUUUUUCAAAACCAGUAUUCUCAGCGUACAGUGCGACAGUGAUGUAGUUAAGCCACAUCCAUUCCAGCAGCUAUUCAGUGAAAGCAGGCGUCAGUUGUUUCCACUGGUGAGUAACGAUCAGUGGCACUGAGCCCGAGCUUCUUUCAUUCAGUCACUUUACUGUCGGUAACGUGACCUCGUUUUGUGAGCACUGUUGCAUGUGUUUUUGAAUGAACGUGCUGUAACUUGUCCUGUUCAAUGAAAAUCUCUUACUGUUGUAUCUCCCCCUCGUUCUGCAUCGAGAAACAGCCUUCAUAUAGAAAUGAUCUAUCAAGAUUAGAAUGCACACACACAGUACACUGAAAUCUGUUGGUGUGAUGAAAAACUGAUGGGACAUUUUAUUUUUGUAUUAUCCAGGGUCAACAUAAAGUAUAUUCAUCAAAAUAAACUGUUCACUUACUGGA